GCCUCAUUCCAGCCAUUCCUCUGCCUCUGAUGAGAGCCUCUCACCACCUCAGCUAUAAUCCUACUGGGGGGCCUUGGGCCCCGGACAUGCGGUGAUCUGAGAACAAGGGCAGCCACUGUCACCUGGACCUCACCAGCCCAGGACUGUCCCGUACUCACCGGGCAGGACGGAGAAGAUGGAGCAGCCAGCGGUCAUGGAUAAGAGACGUAGGGGACCAUUCGACCCAUUUUUCAGAAGGGGAAACAGAGGCCCAGGGAGCGCCAUAGAUGCCCACCCGAAGGAGACGGUGCCUCUCAUGGGCAGAAUUGCCACUGUCCCCAGUGGGAAUGUUACCAUCCUGCAGGAGAAGAGGCCGGCAGAGAUCACCCCCACCAAGAAGAGUGCACACUUGUUCCUGGAGAUAGAAGGGUUCGAGCCCAACCCCACUGUCACCAAGACCUCUCCCCUCAUCUUCUCCAAGCCCAUGGACUCCAACAUCCGGCAGUGCCUCCCGGGCAGCUGCGAUGACAUGGAUUCCCCACAAUCUCCCCAGGAUGACGUGACAGAGACCCCAUUUAAUUCCAGCAGUCCCAGUGCAAACCUGGCCAAGCAAGAGCAGAGGCACAAAAAGAGGUGGCUGAGGAAACACAUCUUUGUGGCUGUGUCGGAGGGCGGCGUGGGACAGCUGCUGGAGCUGCUGAUGGAGCUGCAGGAGCUUUGUGAGCAGCGCCGCAGCCUGGAUGUGUCCGACUUCCUCAUGCACAAGCUGACGGCCUUGGACACGGGGAAGACCUGCCUGAUGAAGGCCUUGUUAAACAUCAACCCCAGCACCAAGGAGAUCGUGCAGAUCCUGCUCGCCUUCGCGGAGGAAAACAACAUCCUAGACAGGUUCAUCAAUGCCAAGUACACGGAGGAGGCCUACGAAGGGCAGACGGCGCUGAACAUCGCCAUCGAGCGGCGGCAGGGAGACAUCACCGCUUUGCUCAUCGCGGCCGGCGCCGACGUCAACGCCCACGCCAAGGGCGUCUUCUUCAACCCCAAGUACCAGCACGAAGGCUUCUACUUCGGCGAGACACCCCUGGCCCUGGCAGCCUGCACCAACCAGCCCGAGAUUGUGCAGCUGCUGAUGGACAACGAGCAGACGGACAUCACCUCGCAGGACUCACGGGGAAACAACAUCCUCCACGCUCUGGUGACGGUGGCCGAGGACUUCAAGACGCAGAAUGACUUCGUCAAGCACAUGUACGACAUGAUCCUGCUGAAGAGCGGCAACUGGGAGCUGGAGACCACACGCAACAACGAUGGCCUCACGCCGCUGCAGCUGGCCGCCAAGAUGGGCAAGGCCGAGAUCCUGAAGUACAUCCUCAGCCGUGAGAUCAAGGAGAAGCGGCUCCGGACCCUGUCUAGGAAGUUCACCGACUGGGCCUACGGGCCAGUGUCGUCCUCGCUCUACGACCUCACCAACGUGGACACCAUGACCGACAACUCGGUGCUGAAAAUCAUCGUCUACAACACCAACAUCGAUAACCGGCACGAGAUGCUGACCCUGGAGCCCCUGCACACGCUGCUGCAUAUGAAGUGGAAGAAGUUUGCCAAGUACAUGUUCUUCCUGUCCUUCUGCUCCUAUUUCUUCUACAACAUCACCCUGACCUUCGUCUCUUACUACCACCCCCGGGAGAAGGAGGCCCUGCCACACCCCUUGGCCCUCACAUACAAGAUGGGGUGGCUGCAGCUCUUAGGAAGGAUGUUUGUGCUCAUCUGGGCCAUGUGCAUUUCUGUGAAAGAGUCGAUCUACCCGUUCAUCCAUCCAACCGACGAAUCAGCAGAUCCUCCAGCGAGGUGCAUGAAGAGGGGGCAGCUUUUCUUUCCUUUCUGGCCUCAGGGCAUCGCGAUCUUCCUGCUGAGACCCUCAGAUCUGCAGUCCAUCCUCUCGGAUGCCUGGUUUCACUUUGUCUUUUUUGUCCAAGCUGUGCUUGUGAUACUGUCUGUCUUCUUGUACUUGCUUACCUACAAAGAGUACCUCGCCUGCCUCGUGCUGGCCAUGGCCCUGGGCUGGGCGAACAUGCUCUACUACACGCGGGGGUUCCAGUCCAUGGGCAUGUACAGCGUCAUGAUCCAGAAGGUCAUUUUGCAUGAUGUUCUGAAGUUCUUGUUUGUAUAUAUCGUGUUCUUACUUGGAUUUGGAGUAGCCCUGGCCUCGCUGAUCGAGAAGUGUUCCAAGGACAUUGAGGACAGCAACUCCUUUGGCAGCUUCAGCGACACGGUGCUGGAACUCUUCAAGCUCACCAUAGGCCUGGGUGACCUGAACAUCCAGAAGAACUCCAAGUACCCCAUCCUCUUCCUGUUCCUGCUCAUCACCUAUGUCACCCUCACCUUCGUCCUCCUCCUCAAUAUGCUCAUUGCCCUGAUGGGGGAGACUGUGGAGAACGUCUCCAAGGAGAGUGAGCGCAUCUGGCGCCUACAGGCUCGUUUAUGUCCCCAGAGAGCCAGGACGAUCUUGGAGUUCGAGAAAAUGUUACCAGAAUGGCUGAGGAGCAGAUUCCGGAUGGGAGAGCUGUGUAAAGUGGCAGAGCAAGAUUUCCGACUGUGUUUGCGGAUCAACGAGGUGAAGUGGACUGAAUGGAAAACUCACGUCUCCUUCCUCAACGAAGAUCCGGGGCCCGGGAGACGGACAGCAGAUUUCAACUAAACCUAAGAUUCUUCCAGGAGCAACAGCAAAACUACCCUCAAUGCAUUUGACGAAAUGGAUGAAGUUCCGGAAACUUCAGUGUAGAAGCAGAACCCAGAGCUCGUGUGCAUGUGGGCCGUCUGAGGCUGGAGGCUGGGUCCUGGGCUUGGUGCUGCGGGCUUUGCGGAGUGACGGAGCCUGGCUCCACCUGCAGAGACGAGGAAAGCACCCUCAUGCUGGACGGGUGGCUGAACCGAGGGGCAGUUGUCAGUUUGAGUGGGAAGCACCCUGGACUUUGUUAUUCGGCAAAGAGUUUGUAUAAACCCACGGCCAGCAGUUCUGAGCCUGGGAGUCCCAGGAGUCCCUGAAUCCUGGGUGAAGUCUCUGCGUUCACCAACUGCAGGUCGAUUUGGCUGGGAGAGAGGGUGGCAGGGCAGGGGCGGGGGCCCGAGGAGCAGGGAGAGGAGACUUCUGCCAAGGUCCCCAGCCCCAGCCUGCGCAUUCUACCAUCUCCCUUAUUGUAACUGGGUCUCCUGAAUUUAAGGGACUCUUGAUCCAUCCCAGAAUGUGCAGGGGACUGAGCUAAGCCGGGUAUCCUGGGACUGGAGGAGAAUGAGCUUCUGGAGCCUUCAGGGAGAAGGAAAACACCCUUGGAAUGAGUGGCCUUUGUACUCAAGGCUCAAACUGUCUCCAGCUGAGAGGUUUCUAGUAGCAUAAUUAACACAGGGUUUUUCUUUUCAAUAGAGAAAGGCUUUUUCAGUUUUAAAUGAAAAUGACUUCAAAUGAAAUAUGUGAUUUUAAAACUGAGAAAUAGAUUUUAGGAUUCGGGGCUGGAGGUAAGUAUUAUAUACUUGGCCUCGGGGUGGCCAGAGCAAGGACAAAAAGCUUUUCUUUAUGCACAUAAAAUUCCACAAGAGACACGCCAGGCAGGGUCUACAAUCUGGGUGAAAGAUCUUGGCUGUUUUCCUUGUCCCAGCCCUGCAACAGUGCAUGCCUCUAAGUUGGGAUCAUGGCUUCGACUGAAACAGAAAUAGCAGCUGCUCUAUUUAUAUGGUCUUGAAUCUCAGAGGUUACUCUUAUACAUCAGUAUUUCUCACUGGAGGAAUUUAACAAAAUACCUGAAAUGCUCUGGUAUUAAAUACUUUUGUUAGCUGUGAAUUUUGAAGUGGAGGAGAAGGCAUUUGAGAAAGGAGCGCUUGCCAAGAUGUGCAGCUUAUUUUUAGAUUCUCAUCCUCUGAUUUUUCUCCCCCCUGAAAUCACACAGAGUCACUUUGGGGAUAGAGGUGAAGUGGAGAUAGUAGAAAUGUUCCAGGUUACUGGAACCUAAAGAACGAUAAAACCCACUCAGCCUCAGGUAUCUGGUAAAAGAUUCAUGUGGGAAUUUUUGAGGUGGAAUUAUAAUGCUAUUAACCAUGAAUUUUAAUUUUAAGUGGCACAAAAAUCAUUCAGCUUUUAGAUAACUUGGCUAUUGGCUAGUUAAUCUGACUUGAGGCAAACUAAGGAGUACAGGCCAAGCAGUCCACUCUCGGCCUUUUUCUCUGCUCUGGGCUGCUCUGUGCACCAGCUUACCUGGGUGGGUAGAAACUUGGCCCUCGUGCCCCUGAUGAGCUGGGUCAGGGAGAGAUGCCAUGAGGGGAGGAUGUAGCCUUAGAGCCGUACAAUCUGCAGCAGCCCCUGUGCUCUCGGAUGACCCAGGGAGCCAACCAGUGCUCUAAGCUGUAGUGGUCAGGCCAAGCUCAAGUGUGAGCAGGGGAGGAAGGGGCUAGGCAUGUUCCCCAGAGAAGGGAAGAUGUGGGGAGAUUGUCCCAGAGGCAGGAGGAGCAGAUGUGUUCCAGAUGGGCAGAGCUAGUGCCAAAAGUUGGAAAUUUCAGGGAAAAAAAUUUAGUUCAAUUCAGUCCAGCAACUGCUCCAGAUAUUGGGGAUAUUUAAGCAGAAGCUGGUUGAGCAUUUAUUAAGGAUAUUGUUAAAGAUCACAAUCAAAUGAACUUGAAGGUCCUUUUAGCCUGGAGAUUAGCAUCCUGUAUCUGGAAUUACC